CGUGCUGCGUUGGCAGUCAGCUCCGGAGAAGAAGAACCCCCGAACUCGGGAACUCGGUUGGUGUCAGCAUCGUUAUGUUGUGAUUGUGGUUUCGAUGCGGGAGGAAAUCCUAACUCCGAGGAUCCGUCCUGUUCGCAAACGGAGCCCCUAAGAUGGCAGGCGAGGAGGAGAGGGGGGUGGUUCGAGUCAAAGUCAGGAAGUGUGACGGGGCUCUUCCUGUGGAGUUUCGCUCGUUUGCUGUGGAUCCUCAGAUCACAUCUCUGGAGGUCCUGCAGCACAUCCUGAUCCGGGCCUUCGACCUGAACGGGAGGCGGAACUUUAACAUCAGUUACCUGUGUCGGGAUCGCAGCAGUGCUGAAAUGUACCUGUCCUUGCUGUCUGACUGGGAUCUGGAUGUUGCCUUUCUCAGUGCCGCCAAACCGUUUCUGGAGCUCAAGAUGGAUGUGAAGCCCUCAGAGGACAGUCCUGUGAUGGAGGACUGGGACAUCAUAAGCCCCAAAGACGUGAUCGGCUCUGAACAGCUUCUAGCAGAGAAAACGAGAUCUCUGGCUUCUGCAGCUCUUCCCUUCACACAGUCUCUGCUCUCCCAGGUGGGACGCACCCUGUCCAAGGUCCAGCAGGCCUUCGCUUGGUCCUACGGGGAAGAGAUCAAGCCUUUCAAGCCCCCCUUAAGUGACUCAGAGUUUCACAGUUACCUGAACGGACAGGGCCAGCUGACCCGGCCAGAGGAGCUCCGGCUGCGGAUCUACCACGGGGGUGUGGAGCCCUCUCUGCGCAAGGUGGUUUGGCGGUACCUUCUGAACGUUUACCCCGAUGGGCUGACUGGACAAGAGAGAAUGGACUACAUGAAGAGGAAGACGAGGGAGUAUGACCAGCUGAAGAGGGAAUGGCCCGCUCGGGUCAGCCAAGACGACCUGGAGUUCAUCCGCGGGAACGUUCUCAAGGACGUGCUGAGAACGGACCGAGCUCAUGCGUACUAUGCUGGCUCUGAAGACAGUCCACAUCUGACGGCGCUCACGGACCUGCUCACCACGUACGCCAUCACUCAUCCUCAGAUCUCUUACUGUCAGGGCAUGAGCGACAUCGCGUCUCCCAUCCUUGCUGUCAUGGACAACGAAGCCCACGCCUUUAUUUGCUUUUGUGGCAUCAUGAAGAGGCUGGAGGGAAACUUCCGCCCGGACGGCCAGCUCAUGUCCAUCAAGUUCCAGCACCUGAAGCUGCUCCUGCAGUAUUCAGAUCCAGAAUUCUACUCGUACCUGGUUUCUCGAGGGGCUGAUGACUUGUUCUUCUGCUACCGCUGGCUUCUGUUGGAGCUGAAACGAGAGUUUGCCUUUGAUGAUGCCUUGAGGAUGCUGGAGGUCACGUGGAGCUCUCUGCCCCCGGAUCCUCCGGAGACUGAGGUGGAGCUGGUGGGGCCACAGUUGGACUCCGGCAAAGGCGUGUCCUGCAGGGGCGAGGAGCGGGCGGUGGAGAACGGCCACGGAGACUAUGCAGAGCAAAAGGAGGAGCAGCGAAAGCGUCACAUGCUGAGGCCGUCACGGGAGGAAGCGCCUGAGAGCAACAGCGCCGUCACUGAAGAGAUGGAGGCUGAGGGGACCGAGGAGGCCGAGGGGGAAGCUCCCAUGGUCACGGGGGAACGGUCCGAGGUACGGAGUCCUCGCUGCGAGAGACAAGCCAGUUUUGGAGAGUUUAAAUAUUAUUCAGCUCGAAAUGAAGACAGUUUUGAAAUGGAAGACUCUGAGGCGACGCAGGAAGCCGUCACGUCAGAGCCGGAAACAAACUCCUCCAGCCGCCAGUCCACUGUGGACAGCGAGGACGACCCAGGAGAAAAAGACCCCCUCAUUAAAAAUGGUGACUCCUCAGCCUCUCCCCACACUCGGGGCCUUUCUACGAGGAAAACUGAAUCCUCUGUCGGUCAGACUUCAGCAGCUUCUCCAGACUCCGCCCACAUCCUCAACGGAGGCGACGCCUUCCCAAGAACUGCACCCAGAGGGUCUGCUUCCUCCGCCCACGCGAUGAGCCCCCCCACCACGAAAACACCCGUCACUUCUCCCUCUCACGCCCAAAGCCGGUCCUUGCUCUCCUCGCCCAUUUUGUCCUUUGCCAGAAGCCCCUCCCUCUCUGGCGCCUCAGCCACCACACCCAGCGCCCUGAGAGCCGAGGCUGCCGGCUUCAAGCCAUGCUGUCUGCCCCCCCCCCAGGAGUUUGGCAAAGGAAACCCCUUCAUGUUGUUCCUGUGUCUGUCCAUCCUGCUGGAGCACCGGGACCACAUCAUCAAGAACGCGUUGGACUACAACGAGCUGGCCAUGCACUUUGACCGCCUGGUGCGGCGCCACAACCUGACCCGGGUUCUGCAGAGAGCCAAAGCCUUGUUUGCAGACUACCUUCAGAGUGAGGUGUGGGACUCAGAGGAGGGCGAUGAAGUCAGCUCUGAUUCCCCCACCACGGCGACGGCCCCCCAGCUCUCGCCCUCCUUGACCGUCCCUGCCCGCCCCAUCUACAGUCCUCUAGCCUCCCCCCCAUCAUCCCCCAACUCCACCUACAACCUCGCCACCACCAUUCCCUCGCCGUCGGCCCCGCUCUCCCCCACAUCCUGAGUCCCUCUGGCUUUGACCCCAUCCUGCUGGAGGAGCAGACGUGUCUUUCUCUGGACAGCCUCCCGCGUUGGAGCUGAUCUUCUAUGCCUGGUUGCAUAUAUUCCCUCUGUGUCUUCUCCUGUCUGUCCUGGAAGGGGGCAUUCAGCCGCUGACUUUGUGGAGGUACCUUCAGGGGUUCUCGAGGCCUGAAAAUGGAAACUGGGUUGUUGCAGUUUGGCUGCGCUCUUCAAGAAUCCCCGAAGCCCGACCCAGCGGAUGCGUUGAGGCUCGCUGCUGACCAGCUCCUUCAUGAUCGACUGCUCGGUUCCUGUGAAGGGACUUUUCCACAAAGGUUCUGUUUUCUGUUGGACUGCAAACUCAGAGACGCUUUGACCAACGGUUUGAGUGUAGAGGACGGACUCAGCCACCGGAGACCUCUGCAUCCGUUUUUAACUUUCCUUCUCCUGUCGGAGGAAAGAUGCUUUUUAAAAGGUUUUUCCUUUUCUUUACGCUCAAAUCUCUUGUUAUGGUUGAUGGCAGAUUGGUGGAAGCAAACAUGCUGCAGAACAUUCUGUUCUCCAAAGCAUCAUGGAGUGUGCAGUCUGCUGCAGCAUGCCGGGGCUGGGAAUGGCUGUGUCUGUCCUUAACCUGCCUCCAUUUCUACGCCCACAGCUCCGUUCCUCCUACACCUGGAAUGGAGUCCAUGUUCGUGUUGGUCACGUGAUGAGCUUUGGUGUUGGGAAGGCGUGUGGAGCAGGAGAGGCCUGGAAGGAGUUGUGCUCUGCUGGUUCUGGGUUUGUGCAAUUCUCCCAAUGAGAAGUGACCUUUAGUUUGACACUUCCCAUGCAAACAUUGGUUUUUGCUUUGAUUUGAAAGUUCUGCUGGCAGUUGGAGGUCAGGUGGAGCUGGUUUUGACCUGGUUCCAAAGGUUAAGGAGGUCAAGUGGAUACUGGUUUCCCAGCAGAAGAUGUGGAUCGCAGUGCAUGAAUAGUUUUUACUGAGCAACACUCUGGUCUUCAUUAUCGGCUCACAGUGACCAGAAGGUCUUUGUGGUUUGGAUCAGGGGCUUCUUUUGCUGAAUCUUCUGAGCUUGAAGCAUGGGUUCUAAAUAUGACGUUCUUUUAUUCAUAUUGCUGUUCUCCAGAACGCCUUUUUGUUGCCCCGUUGGAAGGAUUGGAUGGUGGUGCUGUCUGACGGCCAAUAACAGAACAUUAGAAGUGCCUCCUGUGUUCAGUCGGCCUUGUUUGUGCUCUUACUGUGUCGUCUUGGCUCUGGCGUCUUCAGUACACGUGGAGGACGUGAAGCAGGUCCGACAGAGGAUGCAGAUCUACUCAUGAAGGUGUUGGACCGGUUACGCCUCCAGGAAAACGAUAGACUUUCAGGUUCAGAGGCUCCUUUAUACAAAGCACAUUACCUGGGUAAAGCAAAGUUGUAGUUAUUUCCUUUUGAACGAGGAGAUGUUGUGAGGAUUUCAGGGUGUCUCUGGUUUUCCUGACCUGCUGCAGCGUGGAGGCUCGGUCAGCAGAGCCUCUCUGGAUCCUUCUCUUUUGGCCUUUCCUCGGCCUCGAGGUUUUAAAGAAACAUGAGGAAAUCAAUGUUGGUAUUUCCCAAAAAACCUGCUGGUGCUCCGCCCAAUCAGAUCUAUGAGACUAGAUCCUUUUGACUUGGAUGAGUUGAUGAACCUUCCUGUGCGUGAGCUUACGCCACAGGCUCCUCCCCCUCCCUCACACUACUGUCCUCAUGUGGGCGAGCAGCUGGAUGGCAGUGACAGACUUAUGCAAAGCCUGUAACCGGUCUAAAUGAUGAUGUUUGUCUGCGUUUUGGGGGCGGGACAGUCUCCUGCUUCAGAUGUUUGGCUGAACGGAGCUUAAAGCAUCAAAGGGGCAGUGGGGGCUGAAGCUGCUGGAGUUCCUCUCAUCUUACCAUGGAGAUGAAUGUCGUCUGGAUGGUCAGUGAGGGCAGGAGAGGACGCGUUUUAGGAGAGAUCUGCUCCGGAUUGGGAUGGAAACGCGUUGAUCCUCCUGCCUUAUGCACAUUUUUGAUGAACGUCAGCAGAAGAGCAUGUGCCUCCUUAACCUACAGCGACCCCUGCUGCCAUCACUUCCUGACGGGUGUGAUUCUGUUGAGGUGGUUCUGCCGGCUGCAGGAAACACCUGCCAAGGGUGCAGAGACGGUCAGGAGUCUCAAAGCAUCUUCAGACGAAUCUCACAGCAAACAGAGAAGUUCAAACUCUGUCACACUGUACUGACGGUCAUCAGCCGAGCUAAAAGGCUGAGGAGCUUUUUUUGGGUCCGAUGGGGAUCGGUGCUGUGUGCACAGCUGUGAGGCGACUGGUGUUUGGCGUCCAACAGCUGUCUCUGGUCAGAAUGGCGUCUGAUGUUGGACUGCAAGGAAGCUGAGAGCUGUUUAAUGCACCAGCAUCAUAAGUGCUACAGAUACCUUCAUGUGUUUGUGCAUUUAAGCCACUGUGACACAAUCAGAGAAGAUGAGAGCCCGUUGUGCUUUCUCCCUCCAUGUUUGGGGGUGACGGGGGCUCAUGAACGCCUGGUCUGAUGUGGGGGAGCAGAGCAACGAGUGCUUCUGCUGGUCAUCACGUCCCGCCGUUGUUCUCGUCUCACAUUGGGCUCAUCCCACAGGGGUGGACCUCUGUUUUGGAAAGAACUGAUGAGCUUCAUGCAGAAGUCCAGCCGUCUUAGAAUCUUCUUCUGCUUCUUUUUCAGCGUCAUCAUUCAGCAAAUGAAGCGAAACGAACUGGAACAUUCAGACCGAGAGAAGAUGAACAUGCUCGCCUCUUGAAACCAUAUGUGCACAAUAUUUCGAAAUCAUUUAACAAUGUUCUUGAUUGUUUAUUGUAUACAAAUAAAUUAUAAUUGAUGACUGAA